CAGCGGAGUGAGCAACAUGAACUGCGUGAGAUUGUUCUUGGUGAUUAAUUGCCUCUGGCUGGGUUCAUCAGCAAGUGAUCCGGAUGAUGAUCCCCUAUUGGUAGAGCUCCCCCAGGGCAAACUACGUGGUCGUGAUAAUGGGAACUACUUCAGCUACGAGUCGAUUCCCUAUGCCCAAUCCCCCACGGGCGACUUGAGAUUUGAGGCUCCCGAACCGUACAAACAAAAGUGGUUGGAUACCUUCGAUGCCACUCAGAGUCCAGUGGCAUGUCUUCAAUGGGAUCAGUUCACCCAGGGAGACAACAAGUUGGCUGGCGAGGAGGAUUGCCUAACAGUGAGCAUCUACAAGCCAAAGAAUAGCAGUAGGAUUAGUUAUCCGGUGGUGGCCCACAUCCACGGAGGUGCCUUUAUGUUUGGAGGAGCUGCACAAAAUGGUCAUGAAAACGUGAUGCGUAAGGGAAAAUUCAUUUUGGUGAAGAUCAGCUAUCGUUUGGGACCUUUGGGAUAUAUUAGCACCGGAGAUGCGGACUUACCUGGCAACUAUGGACUCAAGGACCAACGCCUGGCUCUCCAAUGGAUCAAGCAGAAUAUAGCCAGCUUUGGUGGAGAACCGGAGAACAUUCUGCUGGUGGGUCACUCCGCCGGCGGAGCUUCGGUUCACCUGCAACUCCUGCGAGAGGAUUUCAGCCAGUUGGCCCGGGCAGCGAUCUCGUUUAGUGGAAAUGCCCUCGAUCCUUGGGUUGUCCAAAGUGGAGCACGAGGACGAGCCUUUGAGCUGGGACGCAUUGUUGGCUGUGGAUUGGCUGAGGAUUCGGCGACCCUCAAGAAGUGCCUUAAAUCCAAGACGGCCAGUGAAAUAGUAACCGCUGUUCGAAGUUUUCUUAUAUUUUCCUAUGUGCCCUUUGCUCCAUUUGGAGUUGUUGUGGAGCCAGCAGAUGCUCCAGAAGCUUUUCUUACCCAAGAUCCCAGUGAGGUAAUCAAGAGCGGAAAGUUUGGACAAGUGCCCUGGGCUGUGACUUAUGUGACCGAGGAUGGUGGCUACAAUGCCGCCUUGCUCUUGGAUGAUUGGAACAAUUCCGGAAAGACAUUGCUUGAGCAACUCAACGAUCGUUGGUUUGAUUGGGCUCCGUAUCUCCUAUUCUACCGAGACUCUAAAAAAACCAUCGAAGAAAUGGAUGAUUACUCUCGGAAAAUUAGACAGGAAUACGUGGGCAACCAGAGGUUUACGGACGAUUCAUACUGGAAAUUCCAGCAGAUGUUCACGGAUAUCCUUUUCAAGAACAGCACACAAGACUCGUUGGAUCUUCAUCGUAAAUACGGAAAGAGUCCCGCCUACGCUUUUGUUUAUGACAAUCCAGCGGAUAGAGGAAUUGCACAGUUUCUGACAAAGAGAAGGGAUAUUCAUUUUGGAACGGUGCAUGGAGACGACUACUUUUUGAUUUUCGAAAACGUUGUAAGGCAUGUGCAAUUACGUCCGGAUGAGGAGAGGAUUUCGAAAAACUUCAUCAAUAUGCUGGCGGACUUUGCUGUUAGCGACAAGGGCACUUUAACCUUUGGCGAUUGCGUUUUUCAGGAUAAUGUGGGCAGUGAUAACUUCAAGUUGCUAUCCAUAACUAGAGAGGGAUGCGAGAAUAAGGAAUAUGCAGAAUUUCCCUAAUAAAAGACAGCCAAAAUAUGCCCGAUU